AUCCAAUAAAAACAUAUUUAAAGCAAAGCCACCAACAUCCCCAUAAAUCAAAAACAUCUGGAAAAAUAAAAACAAGAAAUCUCUCACGGAAGGGCACUCGUUCCUCUCUUCUCUCCCUUUUAUAUAAAACAAGAAGGAAACUAAAUUGCCGUUCGUAUUGCCUCUCUCAGGAACGCGUUUUGUAUUGGUAAAGGAAGCUUCUUGGCUGGUGUCUAACGUUUGAUCUUUCGGGCUGUCAAAAGAGAACAAUUUUUGACAGCCCGAGAAAAAAAUUCAAAGACCCUUUACAAAGAAUAAGUAUGGGCUCCUUGUCUGGAAUCAUUCAAAGACCAGUGAUCGCAGCAGCUGUGGCAGCUUUAGCUUCUGUUUCUGUUGAAUUUUCCGAUGAACUCCAAUCUUUUAGAUCAUCUGAUACUUGUUCUACCUCCGAACAGUCAAGUUCUUUAUUGUCUAAUUCAGUUCAGGAUUCAAAAUUUUCUUGGGUUUCUCACAUUUCAGUUUCUAAGCUUGCAAAUUUGUCAUUCGUAACUAGGAAUCGGGUGCCUGUUCCUAAUGUUAGCUUCCCAGUUCUGGAUGUGAGCCAAAAUUUUGUUCCCAAUACUUUAGGCUCUUCUGUUGCUUCCUCUCCUUUUCUUGUUAAUUUGUAUCGGUCUGCGGAGUUGGCCAAAGGGCCAAAAUCAAGUGCAUUUAAAACCACCACUAUUCCUCCAUCCUCUCCUGAUAUAUUAUAUAGAUGGCAUUUGCCCGAGCUGAGUACUAUUGAUGUUUCUGGAUCAUCUGAUUGUUCAUCAGAAAAGUCUAGGACAGUGGUAGUUUUGCUAGGGUGGUUAGGAUCAAAGCAGAAACAUCUAAAUAAAUAUGCUGAGUGGUAUACUUCGAGGGGAUUCCAUGUCAUUACUUUUACUUUUCCACUGGCCGAGAUUCUUAGUUACCAAGUUGGUGGGAAAACAGAACAGGACAUUGACUUGCUUGCGACCCACCUGGCUGAUUGGUUGGAAGAGGAUGGAAAGAACUUAGUUUUCCACACUUUCAGCAAUACUGGAUGGUUAACUUAUGGAGCUAUACUUGAGAAGUUUCAGAAGCAGGAUCUUUCUUUAAUGGGAAGGAUCAGGGGCUGCAUCGUGGAUUCUGCCCCUGUUGCUGCCCCUGACCCUCAGGUUUGGGCAUCAGGUUUCUCUGCAGCUUUUCUGAAAAAGCAUAGUGUUGCUACGAAAGUGCAUGCAAGCUCAAAAGAGUCAGAUAUGGAGGUAUUAGUUGGCAGCAAAACAUUCAUGGAACCCAAGCCUGCCAUAGCUGAAUCAGCUUUAUUAGCUGUUCUGGAGAAGUUCUUUGAUGUGAUUUUGAACAUUCCUAUGGUGAACAGGAGGCUCUCGGAUGUGCUAAGCUUAUUAUCAUCAGGACAACCAAGCUGUCCACAGUUGUAUAUAUAUAGCUCUGCAGAUAGAGUCAUUCCUGCAGGGUCUGUGGAAUCAUUUAUAGAGAAGCAGCGAAGAGCUGGGCAUGAGGUUAGGGCCUGCAACUUUGUGUUCACACCUCAUGUUGAUCAUUUCAGAAAUGAUCCAAAACUGUAUACUACUCAGCUCAGCCAGUUUUUAGAUGACUAUGUGCUUACUCAUUGCAAGCAUUCUUAACUGAAACCAUGGAGGCAAUUAUUUUAGCCCAGCUUAUUUUUCUCCAUGAAUCACAUUAUACAGCUCAUAGAAUUAAUUCAUUUUUAUUCAAUAGAUGUCAAAUACAGCCGGAAAAUAGUUACUUUCAUUUUUUCAUCUGUACUUGUUCUUUACAUACAAUCAAUGUUAUACAAACUGUUAAAAAAGGUUAUUCAAUACUAAAUACAAGUUUGCUUUC